UACCUAGGGUUGCCAACUAUACUGUUUUAAACAGUAUUAUACUGUUUUUCACUAAAUUAUACUUUUUACUGUUUUACAAAAAAAAAGUAUACAAAAAUACUGUUUUCAGCAUCGAAGCAGACGCUCAAAAAUUUUUUUUGUCAGACAGAGGGCGCUCACUGCGCGCUCACUGCUGCAGCUAAAAACAAAUCAAAUCACACUAAGUUUCUGAACGAAUCUGUCACUGUCAGUGUGCCUACUGUCACUGUCAGUGACAAAUAUUCAAGACUGUCAGUGUCAUGUCAUUCGUGUAUGUUACAAUUACUACUACGUUAAGUUCGUUAUCAAUAUUUAACCGUUUUUUUGUGUGGAGUGAACCCUGUAGUGAUAAGCUUAGUGUACAAAAGAUGGAAAGUGAUAGUGACACUACUCCUACAACGCCAAGAAAGAAAGCCAAACUAUCGAAGGUAAAGCAAAAAUAUAAGCACGAAUGGGAAUGCCAAUAUGACUGGUUAACGAGUGAUCCACUGUGCGAAUAUAAUGCUAAAUGCAAAAUGUGUGCUUUAACAUUUACAAUUUCUCACGCAGGUGUUGGGCAGGUUAAACAACACUUGACCAGCAAAAACACCAAGCAAAAAUGGAAAUGAGAAAAUCUAGUGGAUUGUUACAAAAGUUUUUUCCUAAAACUUCUGCUUCUACAUCAGGCUUGUCUUCUAAUGAAGAUACCAAGUUAGCAGCGGCUGAGUUAGCGAUGACAUACCAUACUGUCAAGCAUAAUUUAUCAUACAAUAGCCAGGACUGUAGUAUCAAAUUAAAUAAGAUUAUCUAUGUUGAUUCCAAAACAGCCACUAACUUACGAUUGGCUAGGACAAAAAUGGAGGCAUUAGUGACCGAAGUUCUUGGCCCACAUUCCUUGCAGUCUGUUAUUGAUCAGUUAAAUAAAGACAAUGUAUUUUACUGUCUGCAAACUGAUGCCUCCAAUAAAAAAAAUAUUAAAUUGUUUCCUCUGGUAGUUCAAUAUUUUACCCCUAAAAGUGGAAUACAACAAAAAUUAAUUGAUUUUUAUGAAAAUCCAGAUGAAUCUGCCAAUGGUAUGUUUUCAGCAAUUAAAAACUCCUUAGAGUCUUUGGAACUUCCUUUCAGUCAAAUAUCUGGUUUUAGCGCUGACAAUACUAAUGCAAAUUUUGGACAUAAUCAUUCAUUAUAUACAAACAUUUUAGAGGUUAUUCCAGAUUUAAUAAAAGGAAAUUGUCAUGCCCAUAUUGUACACAAUUCAGUGAAACAUGCUAUGAAUUGUUUAAAUUAUGACAUUGAGAACAUUAUAUUAAAAAUCUAUAGCCAUUUUUCUGUGUCAGCAUGCAGAAGAGAAGAAUUAAAAAGAUUUGUAGCACUUGCUGAAGGAGAGUUUCAUGAAAUAAAACGACACAUAGGAACUCGUUGGCUGUCACUUUUACCAGCGAUUGAUACAAUUUUGCUUAAUUGGAUACCAAUUUGUAAUUACUUUGUUGAUUUGGAUGUUGACUGUCCAAUGGUUAUUCAAAAUUUAUUAAUGUUAGAUGAUAAU